GGUCCAUCAUCCUUAUCAUCUUCUUCAUCCUUCAUCUUAAUCAUCAUCAUCAUCAUCAUCAUCAUCAUCGUCAUCACCUUCGCCGUCCCCAUCGUCAUCCUUCAUCUUCAUCAUCCUUCAUCUUCAUCAUCAUCAUCAUCAUCAUCAUCAUCGCCACCAUCGCCGCCGUCGCCGCCAUUGCCAUCAUCUUCAGGUUAUUGAUUCGUUGUCAAGAUGCAGCACGAUGAUGUGAUCUGGCAGGUAAUUAACCAUUCCCAUUGCAGCUUCAAGACAAAGACAGAAACGCAGAAUUUUUGUCGGAAUCAGUACAACGUAACUGGUCUUUGUAAUCGCAGCUCUUGUCCUCUUGCUAACAGUAGAUAUGCUACCAUUAGGGAGCAUGAUGGGGUUCUGUACCUUUACACGAAGGUGAUAGAGAGGGCUCACUCUCCCAAAACGUUGUGGGAGAGAGUGAAGCUGCCCAAGAACUACGCCAAAGCUCUGGAAGCCAUAGACAAGCACUUGGAAUAUUGGCCCAAAUUUUUAGUGCAUAAAAAUAAACAGAGGCUGACAAAGAUCACCCAGUACCUGAUCCGACUACGAAAGCUGUCAUUGAAAGUGAAGCCGAAGUUAGUGACAAUGCCGACAAGGACAGAGAGGAGAGAGAAGAGGAGGGAGGCGAAGGCGGAGGUAGCUGCGAAGCUGGACAAAGCCAUCGAGAAGGAACUGCUGCAGAGACUGCAGAGUGGGACGUAUGGAGAUAUCUAUAACUUUCCUACAAAGGAAUAUGAGAAGGUGUUGGCUAUGGAGGGCAUGGAGGCGGCAGAAGAAGAAGAGGAAGAAGCCAAGGAUGAGGAAGAAGAAGAAGAAGAAGAUGAAGAUGAACCUGUCCGGGAAUACGUGGAAGAUUACGAACUUGAGGAAGAGGACGAGAUGGAAGACAUGAGGAGUUUUGGCGAUGGCGGAGAGGAGGAAGACGACGAAGAAGAAGAAGAUGACGACGACGACGACGAGGACGACGACGAAGGAAGGGAGGAGGAGAAAGAUGAUGAUGAUGAUGAAGAAGAAGAUGAAGCCGUGAGAAUGGAGAAGAAGCUGCGCGAGAAGUACAAGACGAAGAGACCUUUGGAUCUCACGGCGAUGGCGAAAGAGAAGCGCGCCGAAGGUUCUCGAAAAACUGCGGGCAACGUCAAGCGGCCACGUCGGCGUGUGCACGUGGAAGUGGAAUACGAAGAAGAGAGGGAGAUGGAGAGCGCACGGAAUUGAACUCUCGCCGUGAUUGUUUUUUUGGCAGUCGAAGAUUUUUUUUUUUUUUUGACUAGCCCCUCUCCUUCUCCUUAUUCUUCUUGGCUCUUUCUUUUUUUUUUCUUUUAGUUUUGUGGUCCUGUGAGUUCUUGUUGUAAUGAAGAGAGAGAGAGAGAGAGAGAGAGAGAGAGAGAGAGAGAGAGAGAGAGAGAGAGAGAGAGAGAGUAGGCGGGAAAAUCGACUGUUAAGUUGUUUCAAAAUGCUUUUCGUAUUUUUGACCUUCUGUUCGGAAUCUAUUUAGCGUCUUUUUUUUUGGGGGGGGGGGGGGGGGGGUAAAUGAAGAGGAGAAAUGUGCGUUUUUUUUUUGGGGUUUAAAUGAAGAGAAAUUUGCGGA